AAUUAUUUCGCAUACGACAUUCAUAUUAUUUUACUUUUAUAAUCUUUUUAAUCGUACAUGUGUUCUUCGCCAUUUUAAAGAUUCGUUUGACGGAAACGAUAGACAUUUCCUUUUCCGAUAGUCUGAUUGUAUUUAACAACCAACUUAUUUUAUAACCCGUCCUUUGUGCAGAAUAUUUUAUGGAAACUUAUCAUCGAACUCGUCAGACAAACAUGGCUCCGAUAGUGACGUUUUCGGUGACGUCAUCAUCCUCCAACUAUAUUUAACACAACAUAUCGGAAGGUUUUGGAAGCGAAAAUUUGACAGUGUGUGACAUGGCCUUCAGUUACUGUUUAGAAAACAAACUCACGGAGUUACGGAACGACAUCUGCGGACAUACCUUCUCGUGCGCCCGAGUCGGUAACGGAUCACGACCGCACGUGUGGAUCGGGUCCCGCUCACAGAGUGAAUACAGAUGGGGCCGUCGGACCGUAUACGGAAGUACGGGCGCAGGAACUUCUUGUUCGCGAACAAGAUGAGUCCAGGCCCAGCUGCUGCUCAGCUGGCGGAAGGUGAACCGCUCGCACCUGCGGAAGGAGGCCAGGGCCUACCUCAAGUCCGUCAUGUUCUCCGUCUGCAUGUGCACGCCCUUCGUGCCCGUCGGCUGCCUCUUGUCGAGGCUGGUGGGCUACCACGACCACGUGUCCGUGUUCGUGCCGGGCCUGCUGGGCGGUUUCGGCAUCCUGGCGGAGCAGCCCCACAAGAGGGGGUUCCUGGCGUGCUCCUUCGCGGCGAUGGUUCUGGAGUACGUGCUCCGGCAGCUGGAGGAGUGCGGAGUGUUCCGAGUGUCUCGCUCGCUCGCCGCCCUGCUGUUCAUGGCUUCCAACGGUCUGCUCAUGUACCUGCUGCGGCGCGAGCAGUCCUUCCCACGCGCCGGGACGAGCAAGAACAUGUGGUUAUUCUACCCUCCGCCGGUGAGGAGGAAAAACACCGCGAAACAAGAGAAGCUGUCUGGUGAAAAGGACAGCGUGAAGUCGGUACCUCACGUCUGCCCUCACGAAGGUUCCUGUCUCAACCACGUCCUGAUGGGCGCCGGCAAGUACGCGCUGAUGGGCGUGGGGCUGCAGCUGGUGCGCAAGGGACUGCCCCGGCUGCGUGGCCCGGCCAGCCUGCCGGCCGUGCUCCUGGGCUCGCUGCGCGACCGCCACAGCACGAGGCUGGGCAUGUUCCUGGGCGCCUACGUCGGCAUCUACUCCGCAGUCAGCUGCGCGCUGAACCAGCUGACGGGCCGUGACUCUGAGCUGCAUGCCGUGUCUGCCGGCGUUCUGGCCGGCCUCGCGUACUGGAUACAGCCGAAUCUGGCGUUCGCUCUCACGGGCUUCACCACAGCGCUCAUGAUGUUGGCGAGACACCUGGCUCAGCAAGAAACAGUUCCGAGCGUGCCUGGUCUCCUCGCCGUGCUGUUUGCGGCAUGCUUCGGCAUUCUGCUGCAUGCGCGAGCGUUCGAAGACCACCUGUGUCCACGGCUGGCUACUUCCAUCACCAGUGCAACGACCAAUGGCAGGUGCGACCAUAUUGCUGGUAUGUUCCAGAGGCGGAGGGAUGCAUUCAUAAAGAACCUAAAGUUUGUAACGUGACCUCAAGUGUUCUCCUCAACAAGUCUAACACAAUUCACCCAAGGCUAGUGAUCUGACCAAAUUCCUUCAUUCCGCUGGGAUGGCUUCGAUAUUUAUUGUGAAAGUCUUAGAUGGCACAUAACUAGGUUGAGAAUGAUCCUUUAGUGUUUAGUAUGAUUACUUGUGUGUUCAGAUGACAUCAUUUUAGCUUUCGAGUAUAAACUGUCUGGCCUACAGCUAUGGGAAUAAAACCAGAAGGUGGGUAUUUACAAAUGGGCUGGAAAAUAAAGUGUUUAUUUUUUUUUCUUUUUUGAACGUACAACUGAUUAAAACAAUUUCGGUUUUUAUCUUCCAUGCAAAGGAAAUUUCAACUAAGUAAACAGCUAAUACAAAUAAAGUUGAGAAGUAAGCUAGGAAAAAA